AUGCAGAGUUUUGUGGCGGUGGCGGUGGAUGGAGCAUCCCUGGGAGAGUCAGAAAAGAUGCAGCUCAACCCGCUGGAGCAGAGAGUCGACUACAACUUUACCUGCAACUUCCAUCCAACUAACAACGUCCAGGCUCUAAGUGACAUCGCCCAAAAACCAAUCAUAGUCACUGUGAUGGAGUUCCUGCCUGAUGAGAAGAAGGCAGAUGCUAGAAUGGCAGUGCUGGGCCAAGCUGUGGUUGAUCUGCUGCCACUUUUGCAAGUCACUUUGAUGGAGUUCCUGCCUGAUGAGAAAAAGGCAGAUGCUAGAAUGGCAGUGCUGGGCCAAGCUGUGGUUGAUCUGCUGCCACUUUUGCAAGUGCCAGAGCCAUUUGGUGGAGCUAUAAUCAUAGGACAGGAGUCCAUCACCUACCACAACGGAGACAAAUAUCUGGCCAUCGCACCACCCACUAUCAAGCAAAGCACCAUCGUGUGCCAUAACCGGGUGGACCCCAACGGAUCGCGCUACCUUCUGGGGGACAUGGAGGGGCGGCUGUUCAUGCUGCUGCUGGAGAAGGAGGAGCUGAUGGACGGGACCGUGGCGCUCAAAGACCUCCACAUCAUCCCUCGCUCCAUCCUAAUGACCACCUUCGAAGGAAGCUACUACCUGCUGUGCGCCCUGGGAGACGGAGCCCUCUUCUACUUCGGCCUGGACCUGCAGACCGAUCACAGGACGGCGGUAGCAGGUGAGCGUAAGAAGGUGACCCUGGGCACGCAGCCCACCGUGCUGAGGACCUUCCGGUCGCUCUCCACCUCGAACGUGUUCGCCUGCUCGGACCGGCCCACCGUCAUCUACUCCUCCAACCACAAGCUGGUCACCCUGACCAUCGGCACCAUUGAUGAAAUCCAGAAACUCCACAUCCGCACGGUUCCCCUCUACGAGUCUCCCAGGCGGAUCUGCUACCAGGAGGUUUCCCAGUGUUUCGGGGUCCUGUCCAACCGGGUGGAGAUCCAGGAUGUGAGCGGCACCACGUCGGCCGCGCUCUCCAACAGUGUGAGCUCCAGUAAGCUCUUCCCCAGCAGCACCUCUCCACACGAGACCUCCUUCGGAGAGGAGGUGGAGCACCUGCAGGAGGUGGGCGUGUUCCACCUGGGCGAGUUCGUGAACGUGUUCUGCCACGGGUCGCUGGUUUUGCAGAACCUGGGCGAGAGCUCCACGCCCACGCAGGGCUCCGUGCUGUUCGGCACCGUCAACGGCAUGAUCUUUCUCCACGCCCACCAGUUCCUUCCCUGCGAGUACGCCCUCAGCAUGGUGUCCUGCCGCCUGGGGAAAGACCCGUCGGUUUACUUCAUCGUGGGAACGGCCAUGGUUUACCCGGAGGAGUCAGAACCAAAGCAGGGACGCAUCGUGGUCUUCCAUUACACCGACGGUAAGCUGCAGACUGUGGCAGAAAAAGAGGUGAAAGGAGCCGUCUAUUCCAUGGUGGAGUUCAAUGGCAAACUGCUGGCCAGCAUAAAUAGCACAGUCCGUCUGUACGAGUGGACGGCCGAAAAGGAGCUGAGGACGGAGUGUAACCACUAUAACAACAUCAUGGCCCUGUACCUGAAAACCAAAGGGGAUUUCAUCCUGAUUGCUCGGGAUUUCAACCCAAACUGGAUGAGCGCCGUGGAAAUCCUGGACGACGACAACUUCCUGGGGGCGGAGAACUCCUUCAACCUGUCCUUCCACACGGAGCGUAAAACGGAGCAGCCCACGGGCUUCAUCGACGGGGACCUGAUCGAGAGCUUCCUGGACCUGGGCCGGGCCAAGAUGCAGGAGGUGGUCAGCACCCUACAGAUUGAUGACGGCAGCGGUAUGAAGCGAGAGGCCACGGUGGACGAGAUUGAUGACGGCAGCGGUAUGAAGCGAGAGGCCACGGUGGACGAGGUGAUUAAGAUCGUGGAGGAACUGACCAGGAUCCAUUAG